AUGUCUGUCCAAAUCUUCCGUGAGGCGCUCUGCCGCGAAAUCAACGUCCCAGACAUCGCUCUGGACACUCCCUUUGCCCAUCUCGACGUCGACGCAGCUGUUGUUUUCGCCGUGCUGGCGCAGGUGGAGGAAUCCACGGGGAUUACGUUUCCAGCCUCCCUUUUCAGAGACUGUACGUGUCUGGCGGAUCUGGAGAAGCGGCUAUCAACGUCUGCUCUCUCCAUCCGCGAGGCUGCCAGGGAGAGCAGCCAACUGGUGAAGGACUUUGCCGCCGCAGCGGGCACGACCGAUUACUGGCCGUCGGUGGCUUCGGAUCAACAUCGUCUGGUGAUAGCCUAUAUCUGGGAGGCAUUGAAGCAACUGGGAUGUCCACUUGAUAUAAUGCCAGCAGGGAGUAAAGUGGUGCCUCCUACUGUGCAGCCAUCACACCAGCAGCUGUUAGACACUCUCUUUGAGAUCCUGAUACAAGAAGGCCUCAUUGAAAGAGUGAACAGUGACCAUCUUGUGCGCACUAAAGUGCCUCUUCCCAGCAGUUCAGCAGCCAUACUCCAUGAACGGAUCCUCCUUGACCAUCCACGACACGCAAACACCCACCGUCUGCUUCAUCUCACGGCUCCAAGACUUGCAGACUGCCUGGUUGGCAAUGCAGAUCCCAUCCGGCUGCUCUUUGGCUCGCCAGUUGGUCGUGAUCUGCUGCAGGACUUUUACACCCGGGCGCCCAUGUCGAUGGCCGCCUCACAGCAGCUCGCCGCGCUCUUCCAGAGAGUCUUCGAACCGCUCAAACAGUCCACUUCAGAUCCCAUUGAGAUUCUAGAAGUGGGAGCCGGCUUCGGCGGCACAACAGGGUUCAUUCUUGACGCGCUCGUCGCAGCAGGCGUGCCAUUCCGAUACACCUUCACCGACGUCUCUGCCUCGUUCUUCAAGACCGCCCGCCAGCACUACCGCACCUCAGACAUGCCUGUUUCCUUUGAGGUGCUCGACAUCGAGACAGUCGCCGGGCCGCCGUCUCACCUGCAGGGUCGGUUCCAUGCCGUCCUCUCGACAAACUGUCUGCAUGCGACGCGCGACCUGGCUGUCUCGGCGGCGAAUGCGCGCCGGCUCCUCCGUCCGGACGUGCCGGGGGCGUUCCUCGCGCUGAUCGAGUUCACGGAGCGCAUCUUCUGGCUGGAUCUGGUGUUUGGCUUGCUGGACGGGUGGUGGCGGUUUACUGAUGGGCGGCGGCAUUGUGUGGCGGGCGAGGGGUUCUGGAAGCAGAGUCUCGUCAAAGCAGGCUUUGGACAGGUCGUCUUUACAGAGGGGAAUGUCGAGGGCAAGAAGCCGAAUCCUGAGGUGAUUGUUGCGUGGUAA